GUUUUUGUUCCCUUUCUCCCACUAAGCAUUUCCUGUCUUGAUUAAAUCCAAUCCCACGAUCUCCCACAUCUCACACCCAAGUCUACAUUUUCGGUAGUCUUCCCCGUGUCAAGCUGUAAAUCGAUAUAUUUUAAGAUUUCAGCUCGAAAUCAUCCUAUUUAGAAUUAUUUUAGCCUUUGCCGUUGGAAUAACAGUAGCGCAUGACAGCGCUACCUAGGUAGUCUUUUAACAUCUCUUUUUCUUUUUCUUUUCGCCCCCGGAAUAACUUCCUAUGAUUACCACACCGGGACGGUCUGUAACGUUUAACCUCACCUCCUUCCUAUCCUCCGGUCGAGUUCGUUCGCUUCAACUUCAAACUGCAGAGGAAAGAGAAACGGGUGUUGUCAUCGUUGCCUUCGGUUGACUGGCUGGCUCGGAACAAGCUUCUGGGUCGGGUCAGCAUUACGCGAGCGUAUGCCUCGCGCUUCAGCAUCGGCAAAGCGACAGCACGGUGCUUCGAUCCAUCGCGAUACUAGACAGCACGAGAAUGGGCUGGUAGGCCCGGGGAAGCGCGUUUCCAAGCAAAAGAGCCUGGGUCAUUUGGAUGGAAUCGCGAAGCAGCCUGACGACGAUGCGGCUACACUCCCUGUUCCGCCAACACCACCCCCCUGUGCGAACGGCUACUCCAAGCAACUACUCGAAAUGCCCGUAGAAAAUAGGACCACCGAAUCUCUUAGAAGGGGCUCGCUUGGCGGCUAUUCCGAGUCCUCGUCUUCCGAGUCGUAUAAUUCUCACGUCGGAAAUGCCCAUCUCGAGGAGAACCAUCGCCGAAUCGAUGUUAAUGCCACUAAGAAUUCCAACGUUCACCGCGAUCCCGGCCCGUUUGGUGUCGACUUCGCUUUAACCGUUCUUCGAUCAUGCCCUUUGCAAGACACUAUCGCUAUUCUCAUCAUCUUAAUGCAGAUCCCCCCACUGGCUUUAUCUUGCAUUUAUGUGCUCUUCACCUUGCUUACUUUCGUUACGAGUAACGGCCUGACAUUUAGCGAUGUGUUCGAAUGGAACUUGGGCGCUCCUUCCUUGGCAACUGUCAUAUGUGUCGACGGCAUUGUGCUCUUGAUUUGGUUAUUUCUAUGGGGUCCGAUUCAGCACGUCAUCCUCGACUUGGCGCAGAUGGUUAUUGCCCUAGGCUUGGGCGGUGGUUCCAGUUCAAGAGAUGGCGGCUCAAUGAAGAAUACUCUGAUCUGCCUAAGUAUGAUCUUGCUGUCUCACGUGCUGCGCCAUACCAAGAUGAAAUACUCUCCUGUAGGGUAUCUCUUGGGUUCGAGCCGUUUCAUGACACCUGAUCUAGAUGAUCCGCUUGAAUCUCUAGAUUCUAUACGCGGUUAUGAUAAGGUCCAGACGGGAUGGUUCGGUUGGGUUAAGAGCAUAUUGGCAAUUCAUAUUUUGACGCAGGGCUUAGUUAAGUACAUACGCGAUUGGUAUCUGAGGCGAGAGAGGCGCGAUAUCCUGGCUCAAAACGCCGCCGAUCCCGAGGCUGGGAAAUCUUACACCGCAGAAAACGACGGCGGAUUUUCAACCCCGGAUAGCGAUACUGCUUCUCUACAAAAUUCAACAGCGUUAACUACAAAAAAGAAAAGAAAACAAAGUGCCCAGAUCCGGAAUCGACAACCGCUCUGGGCAGCUCUAGCGAGCACUAAGAUAGUCGUUGUGAAGGAAUACGAACUUACUCAUGCAGCAGCAGAGUCCGCAGGUUCUAAUGCCACCGACAUUCAUAAUCUGGGGAACGCCCCGUUCAACACCGAGCCUGAGCAGAUCUGGAUUACGUACGUUGGUUGCGAUGAAGUGUGUUUUAGCACCAGCCACUUUUUUAGCACACCUGUGCCUGAUGUUACGCAAGACGGGUCGAGGAUGGAUAUUUCUAAACCCUUCUAUGUGAGAGUUAAUAAUGCUGUUUGGCAGCCCACCCGGAUGGUACCAGUGCACGAUUCUGAGGCGGAUGCUAGCCAGGGAACUCAUUGGAGCGGGGAUAUCUACGGGCUCACUCCUAUGUCGAACUACGAGUGCGAAUUCGUCAGUACAACGACGCACGAGAUUUUAUUCUCGACAAGUGUUAGGACUACCCAAGCUCAGUCAGCGGACGUGGAUUCUAGCGCUUCGAAGCCUACCGGUCAGCGGUCUCUUCGGCCUGACUCACCCAUUACAACCCUCAAGACCUCGAUCGCUGCAGCUGAAAGCAAGCUAGCGGAGGAAAAGGCCCGACAGAAGGCCCUGCGAAAGGAGUUCCAUCGGAAAGCGAAUGCUAUGAAGAAAGACAAUGAAAAACUAUCUGCGGCUGUCCAGUCGGCCGGCACGGGUGACGACAAGCUGCGUCAAAAGAUCCAGCAGAAUACCACACAGCACAAGCAGGCCGAACAAGCAGUCAUUAACCUUGAGGCGGAAUUAAAAGAGCUUGCGUCCAUUCCCGAAUCUUUGAAAUCAGCUUGGAAGGCCAAGCAGUCCGCAUGGACUAAUGAAAAGGCCAAAUACGACGGCGCGGUAGCAAAAUUUAAGAGCUUCAAGGCGUCCGUCGACCGUGGGAUCAAGGCCCUUCAAGAGGAGAAGACUGGUCUACAAGCCAAGCGUAACAAGAUCAGCAACCGCAUUGCCAAGGUUGAUGGCGAGCAUGCACGUAUCACCGAUGCUAAUGCUCGUGGCCUCGACGAAGCAGAGCGGCGGCGGCAGGCCCGGGAAACGUACGAAAACGACAUCGCUAAAAUAGAGCAGGAUCUCAAUGCUAAGAUUAACGAAAUUGAAGCGGCUAUCUAUAAUAAGGAACGAGACAACGAGGCGCUGAAAACGCAAUUAGACUCGUUUCAUACGCAGCAAGCAGCUUAUGCUUAUGCGAACGUCUACGAUUUCCCCGAUACUUCUGCCCCAUUUUCGUCUCCGGGUUCGACACCUCAAGUCCAAGGAAAUGUGAACAGCACGGCUCCGUACGAUGCUACGGCUGCCUGGAACAACAGCUUGUAUAAUUCAUCCCUUUGGGGUCCGUCGCCCCUUGCGUCGGGCUUCAUGCCGCAUGGAACUGCUGCGCUGAAUGUCCAACUACCCAUGACCAAGGCGCGAGGUCGUUCCUCGUCAAUGCUCAGCGAUGUAUCUGGUUUCACACAAAGCAGCACAGCCGAGAACGAAGGACAAAGCACAGUCCGAGGAAGUAUCGGGAACUCCGGUGCGUCUCCGGGCCUUGAAUACCCCACGCCCACUGGACCUCGAAGUAAUGUUAAUGGCGAGGCAAUGAGCGAUGGUACGGGUAGCCCCAGCAGCGGUAGUAUCGGAACUGGUAGCGUCGGGGAUCCGAUGAGCCCUGGGCCUUGACAGGAUGACUAUGGGCGCUUUAGUCUAGCUCCUACUCCAAUCAAGCGAUAUCUUCGAGAUCAUGCAGCGAUGGGUUUUCUACUGCAUCCACCCAGGCCGAGUAGAUUGGAUUAGGCAAUGAUAGGCGUUUUUCUUUCAUUUUGCAUAUUACUUUGGACUGCAUAUUUGGUUAUGUGACGUGACUACCUAAUCUAUGAUACCUGCUUUAUGAGUCUACCGGUAAGGAGUCUUACUGACGUUUUACGAGCGUCCAUAAAGCGCAAAUGAUUUGAGAGUUCUACUCUACUUUGCUUAACUAUCCUGACUUUGAUAAUAUGUGCUUGACACCGUAGUGUUUUUAUUUAACAUUUACUUUGGCUACCUCGAAGGAAU